AGAAUUCAAUGCCAACAGUUCUUUUCUUUCAACACUUUAACCAUGUCACUCCAUGGGGACGCUGUCUUGAGCCUUUGGUAAGCCUCAUUCUCCAGGACCACACGGCAGGCGCGACAGCCCUAGGUCCACCCCACCCCGUAAGCGCUCCCUCCGGGAGGAGACAGAAACCCAGGACAGCUCCGGGGCAAGGCCGAGGAAGGAGGGACGACGGGGCAGGGAGGCCCGAAGAGUCCCCGCCUUUUGGGAUAGUCGCCACCCUUGGACCCCCUCACCCUUGGGGACGUUGAGGAGUGUUAAAAUCUCCAAGACGCGAGUCACCGGUACGAAGCCACAGCCAUUUCGCCGCUUGCUCGGUGCAAGUGCAGAAGGUCCUAGUAGCCGAGCGUGGAGUCGAGCUCGUGGGCGGCGUCGGGCACCUUCGGCCGCGCCCUCAGCUGCACCCCCCGGUGGGCGGGGCCCGAGCCCGUCUCUAAAGCCACGGGGCCGCCCGCUCCGAGCCUGGUGCUUCCGACCGCUGCGCGCCGCUCCUGGGCUGUCGCAGUCUCCCGUUGCCGCCAUCAUGUCCCGGCAGCUGUCGCGGGCCGGGCCAGCCACGGUGCUGGGCGCCAUGGAGAUGGGGCGCCGCAUGGACGCGCCCACCAGCGCCGCAGUCACGCGCGCCUUCCUGGAGCGCGGCCACACCGAGAUAGACACGGCCUUCGUGUACAGCGAGGGCCAGUCCGAGACCAUCCUUGGCGGCCUGGGGCUCGGGCUGGGCGGCAGCGACUGCAGAGUGAAAAUUGAUACCAAGGCCAUUCCACUGUUUGGGAACUCCCUGAAGCCUGACAGUCUCCGGUUCCAGCUGGAGACGUCACUGAAGCGGCUGCAGUGUCCCCGAGUGGACCUCUUCUACCUGCAUAUGCCAGACCACAGCACCCCGGUGGAAGAGACACUGCGUGCCUGCCACCAGCUGCACCAGGAGGGCAAGUUCGUGGAGCUUGGCCUCUCCAACUAUGCCACCUGGGAAGUGGCCGAGAUCUGUACCCUCUGCAAGAGCAACGGCUGGAUCCUGCCCACUGUGUACCAGGGCAUGUACAACGCCAUCACCCGGCAGGUGGAAACGGAGCUCUUCCCCUGCCUCAGGCACUUUGGACUGAGGUUCUAUGCCUUCAACCCUCUGGCUGGGGGCCUGCUGACUGGCAAGUACAAGUAUGAGGACAAGGAUGGGAAACAGCCCGUGGGCCGCUUCUUUGGGAAUACCUGGGCAGAGAUGUACAGGAAUCGCUACUGGAAGGAGCACCACUUCGAGGGCAUUGCCCUGGUGGAGAAGGCCCUGCAGGCCGCGUAUGGCGCCAGCGCCCCCAGCAUGACCUCGGCCACCCUCCGGUGGAUGUACCACCACUCACAGCUGCAGGGUGCCCAUGGGGACGCGGUCAUCCUGGGCAUGUCCAGCCUGGAGCAGCUGGAGCAGAACUUGGCAGCGGCAGAGGAAGGGCCCCUGGAGCCGGCUGUCGUGGACGCCUUUAAUGAAGCCUGGCAUUUGGUUGCUCACGAAUGUCCCAACUACUUCCGCUAGGCCCAUCGUUUCUCAGGCUGCCCAAGGCUCUUCUGUAACAUCUUUUGUUACUCACAUUUUCUUUAAUUUAGAACUGCCUCAGUAAAUUCUUAGGGAUGGAAGUAUUUGGACAAAAACCUACUAGAAGAGUCACCACCAAAUGAAGAAUAAAACUCCCAGGGUGCUGUGUGUUA